UCAGUCUGGUUUCGAAUAAUUCGUCGUCGCCUUCUCGUUUGUUGUAUGCAGAGCGGGCCUCAGUUAUAUGGGAACGUGUGCGCAAAUUAGUGUUGUUGGCUUUGGCUGUGCCGAAUACUGAGUUGAAUGGAAAAUAUCCAUUGAAUAUGUACCAAUCUUGCGAAUGUAUUGCAGUGUUGUUGUUCACCCGAAUGAAGUCACCUCAUACCAUUGAUAAAAAGCAAUUCUAACGAGCAUUGCAGAAAAACGGAAUCCGUGAGGUCAGUUAUGCGCGAAACUUGAGCGCGUGCGGGUUAAUCUCGUUGGUUCUGUUCCGCUUAAUUGCGAAUUUCGAACUGGUUCAUAUUUUAAAACGAGUUCAAUGGAUCGAAGAAUAAUUUAUCGGUAUGGCGAAAACUCGGACUAUCGUUCAAACUUUGUUGUCGCUACUCCGGAGGAGAAUAACAUUGAGUAUUCGAGAAAAGGAGGAUGCUUUGUAUCGAUUUGUCGGGGAAUCAGCAUAGCAGUUCUUAUAUUCGUUUUUAUCUUCUUCAUGUCGUUUACGAUCUUCUUCAGCACGAAAUAUGCAUAUGAGCAUAAACCAAACAUAACGUUAGAAGACUUCCUCAACCAUCGCGCCUAUCUGAUUGACAAACGUUCGAGAAUACCAAAACAUGUUAUUCCGAAACAUUAUCGCUUGUUUAUUCAUCCGAUCUUCAACGAAACGGAGAAUCCGUUCACAUACAGUGGCGUGGUUUGGAUAACAGUCACCUCGAAACGACACAAUAACAAGCGUAUAGAAUUGAACGUGAAAAACCUAAAGAUUAAAAUGGAAGAUGUAACUGUCAUGAAGAGUAUUCGCCUUACCAAUUUAGACUUCGAUGAAGAUCUGGAUUGGGACCUGAGUGAAGAGGAUUUGUUACCUCGAUUCCGGAUGAAGCGACAAGUUGCUGAUCCGAAUGAAACGCUGAGCUCUGAGGAACCCUUUGAAAGUAUCGCAAACGAGACAGUGACCGAAUUACCCAACAUAGAGUACUAUCAUCAUCCAGUGUUUCCGCCUGAUGAUUUUGUCACUAUCAAGAUAUUGGACUUGGAAUUUGAUGAAUCUAACGAAAAGAUGAUUAUCUAUCUCGGCACGGAAAUGAAAAAGGACAUUUAUUAUAUCGUAAAAGUCAAUUUCACCGGUAAUAUGACAAACGAUAAGGGCCUAUAUGUUACUCAUUACAAAGAUGGAGAAUCAAACCACAAAUUCAUUGCUGCAACUAUUUUGGAGCCAAAUAAUGCCAGAAAACUAUACCCCUGCAUGGAUGACCACAACUUCAGAUCACCCUUUGAAAUAAACAUAGCGCGAAUGGGGCAUAUGAAUACUGCAUCUAGCUUGAAUUUAGAGCUUCAGGAACCAAUGAAAGAUAUGCCCUAUGUGGUUGACACCUACAAUACCACCGGGAUGGUGAGAGCCUCAGAGAUUGGAUUUAUUAUAACAGAUAUGACACCGGAACGGUACGAGUUGACAGAUAAGGUCCAUCUCAUUGCUUACACAAGAAACAGAUAUGAUUUAUAUCUGAAGGAAAUUGUUUCCAUAUUUGCAUCCGUGAUGAAAGUCUAUGAGCAAUUUAUGCGAAUGAAUUUCCCUUACCAAGCAAUCAAAUAUGUUACAAUUCCAAACGCUGACAGCACGGUACGAGAAAUAAAGGAAGGAAUGAUUCUAUCCAGUGAAAAGCGUCUCAUCAAAGAUGUAUCCUACUUCCCUACCACUGACGAUUCAUUACUUCGUGUUAUUUCAAAUGAGCUGGCGAAACUUUGGAUUCACAAUCUUGCUGAUUACAAAAACAAAGAAGUGUAUUGGCUUCAUGAGUCCAUACCUUUGUACAUGGAAUCGAUUGCACUGAAUAUGUUAGACAACAAUACGCUCGAUGUGGAUGAUUUCCUACUGGAGGGCAAAAUGCGAGCUAUGCAAGAGGAGGUGAAUUCCAAGACGUCUCCGUUAAAUGUUCUCACAAAUCCGUGGGAGGAAGACAUCCACUUUGAGCUGGUGCGCUAUAAAGGGCUCAGUCUAUUGCGCAUGAUGAAUUACACACUGGGAGAAGAGACCUUCAAUGCGUUUCUUCGGGAGUACUUCGUACAACGGAUGAAUAAUGACUCUGUAGAUAUCAUCGAGAUUCUGAACAACAACAAUAGGCACACCGAUGGAACUUUCAACAGUUUUCUUCAUAGUUGGUCCAACUUUGAAAAGUAUCCUAUCAUAGAUAUACAGAGGAACAACUUCAGUGGCCAUUUCGAGUUACGGCAACGAAUGAUUCCUUUUGAAGAAGAUAUCAGCGAACAAAUAUGGACAAUACCGAUCACUUUCAUCAAUGACACCAAUCAACAGCUGUUUUUUGAAAAGGUUCGCUGGCUGAUCGACUCCAACAAUCUGCUAACAAUUGAAACUAGUUGUGAGCUUAUAACAAACAAUACAUGGGUAAUUGUGAACCCUAGUGGCAUAGGAUAUUACCGAGUUAAUUACGAACUAUCUCAUUGGAUAAAACUAGCCCAUGUUUUGAAUGCAAAUUUCAAAACCUUGCCUUACAGUACAUUGGCAACUAUCGUAGAUGAUGCGUUGAAUUUAGCUCGGUUGGGUCUUUUAGAUUAUUCAGUUGCAUUCAACGUUGUUUCAUUCUUAAGAAAAAACAACGAGCUGUAUCAACCCUGGAAAAGUGCUCUUGACAGUCUUAAAUUCAUCUAUGAGGCCUUGGAAGAUCAUCCAAACUUCAUACACGUUGAGGAAUUCCUGAAUUACCUAAUAGCAGAUAAAUACGAAGAUUACAUUAUCAAUGGCAACGCAAGUAACUCACUGAUUACCUCCUUGCUGAUAGAUUGGGCCUGCAGACUUGGUGUUGCCGCUUGCAUUGAAAAUCAGAAGGUUACCUUUCGAGAAGUGUUCAUAGAUGGUACAACUUCACCAUUUCAUCUAUCGGAAAAUGAACUCUUCUUGGCUACUUGUACCGUUAUCAAGUACAGUGGAACAAACGAAUGGAGAUUGCUAAAGCAUAAGUUUUUAAACAUAGACGACAUAAAUCUCCAGAAAAUUAUUGUUAAAGCAUUGGGGUGCACUCGUGAAAUAAGUUUAAUAAAAAAAACCCUCGCAUUGCUGAAAAAUCCCAUCUUCAGUAUUUACAGCCAUCACAUUUUGUAUUCCAUUAGUCAAAAUAAGAUAGCUCUCAAGUAUACCUUGGACUAUCUCUACAACGAAUGGAUUGACGCCAGAACAUAUCUGUCCUUAUCGGACUUAUCCAUACUGUUUAGGAAAAUAUCAACGCAAAAUGAUUUCACUAUGUAUGAGCAGAUAUUUUUCCGAUAUUCUUAUACUUUCCACACUAUGGAUAAGGAAAUACUGAAACGAAUGCGAGACAUGAUAAUGAAGCUCAUUAGAUGGAAAAAAGAAAUCGGACCUAACAUUACGUACACUCAGUUGGUGCUUGAUGAUUAGUAAUCUCAAAUAGGGACUAAACCGUUAAUGACGUUACAAUGUCACAUAUUCAUAAUAAGAAAAUUCAAUAAGUGUGAUCAACAUUAAAGAUUUUUCCUUAAAACUCAUCAAUCAGACAAAAAGUUCCGCCUUCUGAAAAGUUAUAUUUAAAAGAAAAAUAGUAUAACAAGGUUUGUGAACAAAUCAAUUAGAGCUAUUCAAUAAAAUGGCAUAUUUCACUUUUAUAAUACGCUGAUUAUUACCAAUACAGAAAACUCAUGUAGACAAAUAUUUAUAAUGAAAUCAAACUAGUUGAAACCUUGAUUAAUUGUAAUCAUUUAAAUACUCUGUCAUUGUUCCAGACAAAGAAGUCAAUUCAUGUUUAAUUCCCAAGUGAAACUCGCAAGUAAGAAUCGUUUUUGAAAAAAAUGUAUAGUGAUCCGGUAAUUUUAACGGUACAACAUUCAAAUUAGCAGGGUUUAUUUUUAGUAUUAGCUUGUAUCUGAGUAUCUGGAAAACUACACUACAACAAAACUGAAGCAAGAGUUGCAUCAGCUGUUGGAAAAACCAUUAAUCGUUCACCCCGCGAAAAUCGGAAGGCUGAGAUGGGCUGGGCACGUAGCCAGAAUGUCAGAUAAUAGCCCGGUGAAAAUGGUUCUCUUCAACGAUCCGACAGGCACAAUAAGGCGAUGUGCGUCGCGAUGCGAUGUGGUUCGAUCAGGUGGAAGACGAUUUGCGGAUCCUCCGCAGACUCCGCCGUCGCCUGGCUGGUGACGUACAGCCAUGGACCGAGUUGAAUGGAGAAGACUUUUAUUUACGGGACAAGCCACUCCGGCCUUAAUCUGAGAAAUAAAAUAAAAAUAAAAUUGAAAUUACUGGAAGGUUAUUGGUACUUGCACGCUGAAGUCACUAUGAAUGAAUAUUUUCAUCACACCUUUAGUAUUGAAGAGAUGUAAAAUAAAUUGUGUUUUAUAUGGA